GUCUGCAGUAACCAAACUCCAUGUUGUCCUAAAAAUCCUUGUUUGAAUCUUGUGAUUAAGAUUUCCAUUCUACCUCUUCAGGCUCUCAAACCCAGCAGUUGGUUUCUAGUUGAAUUGGUCUCUGGUGUUUCCAGCAGAGUGACAUCAUGGCGUCUGCAGCAUCAGAUGAUCUGCUGCCUCUGAAACGCAGGAGCAGCAUGAGCGUCCUGCCUCCUCACAUGUCUGAGCUGAGGGUUGUUCUGCUGGGGAACAGCUGGUCUGAGAGGAGUUCAGUGGGGAACUUCAUACUGGGAGAGACUAAGUUCAACACUGAUGAAGAACCAGACGACUGUCUGACAGUCAGAGGACAGUUAAAAGAGAAAGAAAUAGUUCUCAUCAACACCCCAGAUCUGCUGCAUCCCAACAUCUCUCAACACAAACUGACAGAACAUGUGACAAACUUUGUGAGACUCUCUGAUCCUGGACCUCAUGUGUUCCUGCUGGUUCUACAGCCUGAAGACUUCACUGAGAAACACAAACUGAGGCUCUGCAGAGUCCUGAAACUCUUCAGUGAUCGAUCAUUUGAUCAUUCACUGGUUCUGAUAUCAACACCCAGAGAGGAGAGUCCAGGUUUGAUGGAAAAAUACAUGGAACAGCCUCCGUUAAAAGACCUGAUCAGAAAAUGUAGACACAGAUACCUGAAGCAGAAGAACCUCGAACUUCCAGAGCUGUUAACACGCUUGGAUCAAAUCGUAAAAGAGAACAAUGGAGAGCAUGUCAGCUGUGAUGUGUUUGAGGACACAACAGCUUCUUUACCAGGGUUGUAUGGUGUUACAAAAAUCCCUGAACAACUCUCACUAUCAGAGAAAACCCCAAAGACUCACACAUCUGGAUUCAGGAUUGUGCUGCUGGGAAAAUGUGACGACAAACAGACAAAACUUGGUAACUUCAUCAUCAGGGACCAAGGUUUUAAUCACCACAAAACCUCCCCAACCGGGCAAAGUGUGGCCACCUGUGGAGAGUGGAGAGGAAAACCAUUAACAGUAGUGAAAACUCCAGACAUCUUCAGUCUGACUGUGGAGAAGCUGAGAAGAGAGGUGAAGAGCUGUGAGACUCUUUGUCCUCCUGGACCAAAUGUUCUGCUGCUGUUAGUGAAGCCUUCUGAUUUCACUGAGGAGAACAGACAAACACUGAAGUUCAUCCUGAGUUUGUUUAGUCAAGAUGCUUUUAAACACUUAAUGGUCAUCAGCACACAUGAUGGAACAAGUAGCUCUGUCAGUCAGCUGCUUAAAAACUGUGGAGGAAGACACUACAGGAUGGUAGAAGAAGACCAUGGACAGCUGAUGGAGAAGAUUGAGAACAUUGUGCAUGAAAACAGAGGAGCCUUCCUCACCUUCACUGAAGAGACCAUCAGACCAAAGUCUGAACACAUCAAACCAGCUUUAAACCUGGUUCUGUGUGGGAGAAGAGGAGCAGGGAAGACUUCAACAGCCAAGGCCAUUUUAGGUCAGACAGAGUUUCAUUCAGUCUCCAACUCAUCAGAGUGUGUUAAACAUCAGGGAGAGGUGUGUGGACGUUGGGUUUCCCUGGUGGAGCUGCCUGCCUUGUAUGGACAACCUCAGGAGGCAGUGAUGGAGGAAUCACUCAGGUGUAUCUCCCUCUGUGAUCCUGAGGGCGUCCAUGCCUUCAUCCUGGUCCUACCUGUGGGUCCCCUCACUGAUGAAGACAAGGGAGAGUUAGAGACCAUCCAGAACACAUUCAGCUCUCGAGUCGAUGACUUCACCAUGAUUCUGUUCACUGUGGAGUCAGAUCCUGCAGCUCCAGCUGUUGUUAACUAUCUAAAGGAAAACAAGGACAUCCAGGAGCUCCGUCAGAGCUGUGGAGGAAGAUAUGUUGUUCUCAACAUCAAGGACAAGCAGCAGAUCCCAGAGCUGCUGGACAUGGUGGACAAGAUGAGACAAUCUGAAAAUAAACCAUCCUACUAUACAGCUGUAACAUUUGCACGUGCACAAAUGGAAAAGGUCAUACAACAAGAGAAGCUGAUGAAGAAGAACAAGAUCACUUGUGAUGAUGAGGAGCAGAGCCCAGAGAGUCUCAGGAUUGUGCUGAUAGGGAAGACUGGAAGUGGAAAGAGCUCUACAGGAAACACCAUUCUAGGAAGAGAUGAGUUUAUAAACAAAUCAAGUCAAAAAUUAGUCACCAAACUUUGUCAGAAAGCACAGAGUGAAGUGGACGUUCGUCCGGUCGUUGUGGUCGACACCCUUGGUCUGUUUGACAAUAGUUUGACCCAUGAAGAGGUUCAUGAGGAGAUGGUGAAAUGCAUCAGUCUUCUGGCUCCAGGACCACAUGUCUUCCUGUUGGUGUUACAGAUCGGCAGAUUUACACCAGAGGAGAAGGAGACAUUAAAACUCAUCAAGAAAGCCUUUGGGAAGAAUGCUGAAAAGUUCACCAUCAUUCUUUUAACUGGAGGAGAUAAACUAAAGCGUGAGAAAGUUUCCAUUGAAGAAUAUAUUGAAAAUAAAUGUGAUGCUUCCUUUAAGAAGCUGAUCUCUGACUGUGGAGGAAGAUACCAUGUGUUUAAUAACUAUGAUGAACAAAACCGCACACAAGUCAGUGAGCUGAUAACCAAGAUUGACACCAUGGUGAAGGAAAAUGGAGGCAGCUGCUACACCAAUGAGAUGCUGCAAGAGGCCGAGGCAGCUAUAAAGAAAGAAAUGGAGAGAAUCCUGAAGGAGAAGGAAGAAGAGAUGAAGAGAGAGAGGGAGGAGCUUCAAAGAAAACAUGAGGAGGAAAUGGAAGAGAUGAAAAGAAGAAUGAAAGAACAGAGAGCAGAAACUGAAAAAGAGAGAAAACUGAGAGAAAAACAACUUAAAGAAAAGGAGGAGAAGAUAAAGAAGGAAUGUGAGGAGAGAAAGAAAGAACAGGAAAUGAGAGAAGAAGAAGACAAGAGAAAACAACAGGAAGAAAUUCAAAGACAGGAGUUGAAACGAAAAUGUAAAUCUUUGGAGCAAAAUAUAAGAUCAGAGUCAGAGGAAAAGGAAACCAUUGACAGAAAGCUGAAGGAGAGCAGAGAAGAGAUGAGAAAAGAACGAGAGAACUGGGAGAAAACACAAAGAGAAUGGUGGGAAAAACGAUAUGAAGAAGAAGAACAGAGACGACAGGAGGAACACAGAAGACUUAGAAAGCUUCAAGAAGAAUACGAACAGGAAAGAGAAAAUUAUGAAAAGAAAAGAAAGGAAGAGGACAGAAUCAGAAGAGAACAAGAGGAAAAAGAGAAACAAGACAUUAUGGAGAAACAUAAGAAAGAAAUGGAGGAUCUGAAGAAGACAAAUGAAGAGGAGGCCAGAAAGAAAGCUGAAGAGUUUAAUGAAUACAAACCGAACAACACACCAGUGUUGAUACAGAACAACACAUCUCUCUGUUCCAUUUCAUGAGGAUUUGUUUCAUGUAAACAUCUCAUCAACAGAACAGUUUCAGAUGUUUGUCCUUUUUUCUGUUUUCAUUUGGUUUCAAGAAACAGAUUUCACUGUGAGUUUUGGCAGUGGACUACACUGUGAUGCAUACCAUGGCCACUGAAAUACCGUUUACUUGCAGAGCGUUUGUCUCACUGUCUGUUAACAUGAGAAGGGGAGAGCGACUCCGCGACUACGCAGGAGGAGUGUCACUUGUUAUGAUGAUUGUGUCCUCUUACAUUUAAUAUUUUAAGCAUUUUCUUUUACUAUUAUUAUUGUUACUGUUAUUAUUACUAUUAUUGUUAUGUCUUACAGAUAUAUAUGUAUUGUGUUUAUUUGUCCUUAACCUUACCUUCUCCUAUACUACUUAUGUUAGUCGGUCCACAUUUACUAGGGUUUAGGUCAGAGCUGUGAGAUUGUUUUAGUGUUUUCCCCUCUUGUUGUUCCUCCCCUCUCCUUGAAUGUUCGUUCAAGGCCGGAAAAGUAUCUCUGUUCCCCAAAACAUAGAAACGUAGACUGUGUAAAUGAUUAUGCUUCCCAGCAGGUCUCUGGAGCAGCUGUAUAUGUGUUUUAGUACUUCUAUGUUUAUUCACUUUUGUUAAAUAAAUUCUUCAAAGACAACAGUUUGUUGUAACUCAAUUAUUUGCUCCAUCACUCACCAGCAAGAUACUAUUUCCACAACAUCGCUUCCCGUGUGAAAAGACCUAAACCGUAAUGAAUUAAACAAUAGUGUUUCUGUUAUUUAGUCUAGCCUCACAGAUUAAGGCUUAUCAUGUUGGACUGACCACACAGCUGAUCUCAGACUGAUUCUGAUUAUAACUUUUAAGGAGUGAAUGGUGAUGAUAUUCAAAUAAAACAUAGCGAAAGUCACUGUGAGACAAAAUUUUCCAAACUGCUGUUACAAUAAAAAAACCCAAAUAUUUGUUCUAAUUAAAUCUUUUCAUGUUGCUCAUCUAACAUCAGAUAGUCUUCGCCUUCUCCCUAACAGCUUUGUCUGAAACGUCUGCUGCGUUCAGCUAUUCAUAUUCCCCGGUGAUCUCAGCCUACGAUCGAUCACGCCAUCGCCUUCAUCCGCACCACAGGGCAAGGAGCCUGGCUAUCCAAGGCCGACAUCAUCAGCGCUUCAAAUGCUUCCCAUUCAAACGACUAGUGGCACCUUUUCAGCGUUUCUGGAAGGGUGCUUACUACUUUGCAGUAAUAAUUAAAUUAUUAAAACAACAUGAUACAACACGUCAGUCUCCUGCAUACUUCCUGUCAAAAGCAGCAUUGUCUAUUUAUAUAUUUGAUGGUAAAAGCGGGACUAACCGUAAGACUCGCUUAAGACGCAUGUGAAGGGAACGUGGAUGCAAUUAAGAGACUUGAGCUCACACAUAUUACCCUGUUAAUCACUACAUGGUGAAAUU